AUGGCACAGCCUACUUGGUCCGUUGCUGGUUCAUCUUCUUCUGUGGCUAUGCGCCCUACGGGGCAGGGUAUUCAGGCGCCAGCAGGCCGUGGUAGAGGACGUGGUGGAGCUUCCAGUUCUAGCGGUCCCUCGAACCGCAUAUAUGCUUUUACUAGUAGGCAGGAUCAGGAGGCGUCACCUAAUGUGAUCACAUGUAUAUUAUCACUAUUCUCCCGAAGUGUGUAUGCAUUGAUAGACCCAGGUUCAACCUUAUCAUUUAUAUCCCCCUUCAUUGCUAGUAGGAUCGCAAUAGAGUCUGAGUUGAUAGAACCAUUUGAGGUAGCUACACCUGUAGGAGAUUUUGUCAUAGCUACGCGAGUAUAUAAGAAUUGUUCAGUGGUUAUAUAUAGUCGUCGUACCAUAGUAGAUCUAAUAGAGUUAAAUAUGAUUGAGUUUGAUAUUAUCAUGGGCAUGGAUUUGUUGGCUGCUUGUUAUGCUAAUGUUGAUUGCAGAGGAAAGAUAGUUCGAUUUAAGUUUCCAGGGGAACCGAUUAUAGAGUGGAAGGGGAGUACAGUAUCGCCGGAAGAAGAGGAGCAUGCAGACCAUUUAAGGACGGUACUUAGGGUGCUUCAGCACCAGAAGUUGUAUGCUAAGUUCUCCAAGUGCGAGUUCUGGUUGACUUCAGUGGCAUUCUUGGGGCAUAUUAUUGGAGCUGAUGGAUAUUACAGGAGAUUCGUAGAAAAGUUUGCCUCAAUUUCAGCGCCUUUGAAAAGGCUAACUCAAAAGGCAGCCAAGUUCCAGUGGACUGAUGCUUGUGAAAGAAGCUUCCAGCUAUUGAAAACAAAUUGA